GAUUUAUAAAGAAGUAUAGUGGUUUAGAUGUAGUUGUUUGUGAUAUUUCUCUUGAGUAUGAGGAUGAUAGUUUGCUUUGGAUAAAGAGCAUGAAAGGUUUUUGGUGUAGUGAAGGUGUAUGA